AUGUCCCCCCCCAACACCCCCACCUUCAAAAUCACAAAACCCACCCGCCGCCUCUGCGACCGCCGCCUAGCACGCACCCACGACGCCACCCACCCCCCAAAAUACCACCUACGAACGCGCCGCGACAACCCCGCCCUCGCCGCCAAACUCGCCCAAAUGCGCCUCCCCAUCGCCCCAAUCGUGCACCUCACCACCGGCCUCCCGGGCCCUUGUUACCCGCAUACCCUGCUCCACCUCUUCACCCUCACGGAACCGCAACUCGACGCCCUUGCAGCCUUUUACAGCCAAACCAGCCCCUCAGAAUACUCGAACGCAUAUCCGCAGACUAUGGACUGGGGCCGCGCGUGCUUGAGUCGGGAUCCGGGGUUGCCGGAGGAGUGCCGCAUGCGCGAUCUGGAGAGGUUGAAGGUUAAGAUGCGCAUGUUUGCAAGGUUUGUCGGGAUGCGCGGGGCGGAGACGCCGGGGUGGGAGGUUGAGAGGCAGGUGGAGUUGUUGGGGAGGAGGAUUCGGAGGGUGGUUAGGGGGGAGGGGAAGGGGUGGGGGGGUUUGGACACGGGGCGGUGA